AAUGAACUUGACCUAGACUUGGAACUGAGCCACAGAGGCAUUGAUGUAAAAUCAGCAGGGAGAAGAUUAAAGCUAAGAGCAGUUGUUAAAGCUACAACAGGUGAAGAGCGUUAGACUAGUGGGAAACCAGUGAUCAUCAUGUCGUUGGAUCCAGAUAAGACAAUUUUGCGACCAGAGCUGCUUGAUUUCCACGGAGUCUCAAUGACUCACUACUUCACAGACAACUGGGAGGCUGUCCAAAACUUUCAGGCCAGGCCAGAUGAUAUUCUUAUUGCUACUUACCCCAAAGCAGGUGAGUCCAGAAAUGAAACUGUGGUCACCAGGCUGAAACGUUGGGAUCACCAGGCUCCCUCCUCCUCAGGAACCACAUGGGUGUCCUGCAUCCUGGACCUGCUCUACUUUGGUCAGACGUCUCCAGAGCGUCAGACGUCCAUCCCCAUCCAUGAACGAGUGCCUUUCCUGGAGAUCUUUGCCCCUUCUGUGGCUUUAGUAGGAACCGAUCAGGCAGAAAAGCUCCCCACGACUCCUCGACUCAUUAAGACUCAUUUUCCAGUCCAGUUUGUACCAAAGUCCUUCUGGGAGCAGAACUGCAGGAUGGUCUAUGUGGCGCGAAACGCCAAAGACAACAUGGUGUCUUAUUUUCACUUUGAUCGAAUGAACACCGUUCAGCCAGAGGCUGGAGACUGGAAAGACUACUUCCAAAGGUUCAUAAAGGGAAAGCUGGUGUUUGGAUCCUGGUACGACCAUGUGAGUGGAUGGUGGGAGAAGAAACAAACAUACUCAAACAUCCAUUACAUGUUCUUUGAAGACCUGGUUGAGGAUACUGGGCGGGAAAUAGACAAACUCUGCAGUUUUCUUGGUUUGUCUCCGUCAGCAGAGGUGAAGAAGCAAAUUACAGGUGAAGUGCAGUUCGACAAAAUGAAGAAGAACAGCAUGGCCAAUUAUUCCACAGUCCCAGUGAUGGAUUUCAAAAUUUCUCCCUUCAUGAGGAAAGGGAAGGUUGGCGACUGGAAAAACCACUUCACGGUGGCUCAGAAUGAAGAGUUUGAUGAAGACUACAGGAAAAAGAUGAAGGACUCCACACUUCAGUUUCGCUCUGAGAUCUGAACAACACUGAUGUUUGUCUUUAUUAGUGAAAAUGAGUCUUUAACUGAUGAGAAAAGACACAUUUUAUGACACUGAAGAGCAUUUUAUCAGAUACUAGAGUCAGGUCCGUCUGUACCCAGGUGCACUACAGAGACAAUGAACCCACAUAUUGUGGCUUUAGGCCAGGGUAGGAUUCACAGGGAGCUAGAAGUACUUACUGUAGGAUGAUGUCAUGUUCAGUGGUCUCAGCAGAGCCAUGGGUCCAGAGCAGGACUGAAUAAAACUAUGAACGCUCA